UGGGACCCAAUUGCUUGAAGUGUCAAGACUUCAGGGAAGACACAUCCCACGAUCUCCAUUGUCUUCCUCCUAUUCUCUGUACCUCCCUCCAACUGCAUGUUGUGCCCAAAAGAACAAACCUUCCACCUCUCCUUAGACUGCAUUUAAUGCUUUGUUUUCUGUCUUCAACUACAAAUAAGACCAUUUACCUCAUUUUUAUUUGAAAAAGGGAUUCCAUUCGUCAUCUGUAUUUCCUGUGCUCAUAAGCUUGGGGCUUUUCACAAACUUGGCCUCCUCAUCUUGUAUGAGCAUGUCAAUCACAUAUUGCCUUCUUGUCUUCAUCAUCAUGGGCCUUUCUUUGCAUAUAUGUGAUGCCCGACGCCUCACGGACAUGGACAAGAAGCCGGUGAAGGGAAAUACCUCAUCUAGCAAGAGUGGUUGGAAGACAGAACGGGAUUUGGUCAACAUCACCUCAAAUUUCCAGUCCAUGCAAAGAAACAACAGCUUCGAUAAUGAAGGCAACAAUGCGGAAAACCUGACGACCAAAAAACCUGAAAAGGCAAUAGUUCAGACGAGAACCACUCAGAAGCUGACGAAUGUGUCGUCUCUCGUAUCCGUUUCAUGGGUCGUUCCUCGGAAGAUUCCGAACGAGAAACAUCCCGGGCUAGACUCCGAUUACAGCCCGCCGAAGACGCACCCUCCAUCACACAAUUGACCAAUUUUUGGCUCGUCUGCUGUUGAAUCUCCGGGACCCUCUUCGCGAUGUGACCAAGCAAUCGCUCCAUUUUGGCACUAUAAUGAGUAUGUUACGUUGUAAAUGCGCAGAGACGAGACCAUAUGAGAAAGCACUCAGGCUAGCUUAUCGGCUAAGGGUACGGCUGUUUCUGCCAUUACGUAUGUGUUGACUUUGUAAAAUGUUAUAUACAACACAAGCG